AUGAGUGCAUAUGGAUCUAUCAUUGAGGGAAUCGGAAAUGAAAUACUUUUUGUCUUCAGUUGUAUGGGAACAGUUGUAUUUCUUGUCGUAGCAUGGAUGUCAACCAGAGUCAACUGGGAAUUAGUACCAGUUAGAAUAACCUUAUCACGUCAACAAAAUGAGAACCAAGGCACUGAAGCAGAGACUACUAAUGUCACAGAACCGAAUACUGCAGAUGCAACAAACAGCAUAUAUUCAGAAACUUCAUCUUCGAGCUCUGAGGAUGAACUCGAUAUCGAAUGUAGUGUUCGCAAACGUUCACAUGAACGAGUUUCUAAUUCAGCUGUUCAAAACAACUCUUCGUCAGAUGAUGAAUCAAAAGACAACAAAACAGAAGAACAGUCAAAGACCACACAUCGUUCCAAAGGCCACUUGGUAGUAAAGUUACAAUAUCUCAAUGAUGAGACGCGAUUUGUUCAUGUGUCUCCAACAAUGUCUGUUAGUCGUUUCAGAAAGAAACACUUUGUUGAUGAAUUAGUCAACCAAAACAAGAAUGUAAGACUCAUUUUCCAAGGCCGUGAACUGUUAGAUGCAGUACCAGAUGAAUCAAGACCCAACAAUGUGAGAAAAAAACGUCGACGAUUAUGUGAUUAUGGUAUAACUGACGGUUCAACAAUUCAUUGUUUAGUCACAACUUCUGUUUUGUCAUCGAAUGUCAACAGGUCAUCUUCAGCAAAUGAUCCAGAGAAUUCAGGACGUAAUACGGGUUUUCCAGCUAGUGAUUCAAUGCUAACUGAGUUUGAUAUGGGUACUCGACUUAUGAAACCAUUAUUUGCCUUUCUUCUACUUUUCACAUGGUUUUUUAGAAUUGCUUACAGACAAUAUUUUAAUUCUGUUUCUACAUUCGCUUUAGUGGCGUUGACAGUUUUCUUUUGUGGUGCUGUAUUUACUGUUAGUCUAGUUAAUGCUGCCUCAACAUUUGCUUCACUAUUUGGUAUUUCACUUGCAGACAAUAAUGUGUCAAAUCGGCAGUCAGAUGAUGAUGCUAACAAUGCUAAUCAUCCUUCGCAUCAGGAUGAUGUUCAAGUUGUAACUGUAACUAUGAUAGCACGACGUAUUCCAUCAGAAGCAUCUGCUAAUCAGGUGAAUAAUUCUGCUUUGUCUUUUAAUGAAACAGCUGAUGAUAGUGAUAAUAAUAAUCCAGUCGUUAUAAAUGAGGCCACAAGUGAAUUACAGACAAGUCCAGAUUAAAUAAUAAAACGUUUCUUUGCCACUCUUGAAUCUUUCUAUUCACUUUUUUUUGAGAUGGUUUUGUGUGAUUGUAUUGCAUUACAUCAUGCCAGACUUCCGGUUCUAUGAACUUACCUUUUUUCUUCUGUCUUUAAAGUCCAGUGAUCCAGUUUCAUUUCUCCUGUAUAUAUGAUUCACAGUGAUAUCACUCACUCUUGACUUUACUGUUAAAUAUACAAUUUAAAGGAAACAA